AGGAAGCUGGAGUAUGUGGAGAGUCCUUCUUUUCCUGGAGAUGCGUUCGUCUUCGCUCUGAACAAUAGCAAGACUUCCCAGAGAGAGCUGCACGCGGAGCUCCAGCCCAGCUCCUCCUCCUUCUCAACCCAGGAACUGAUGACCAGGCUGGGCUUCUUACUGGGAGAAGGGACCCCAGCCUCGCCUAGCACCCCCAUGGAGGACCGGAGGGAAAAGAAGUGUAAUAUCUCUGGCCAGGCGGUGAGCCCAUGCUCCACAUUGACCUGCAGCACUACGUCUCCAUGCUCAGACAGCCCCUGCUCCACCCUGGGUAGUAGCAGCACCGGGGGGCCACCCUCCUGUCUUCCCAAUCCCAGCCCCAGCCCAGGUGGGACCCUCCUCAGCCCCAGUCCCUGCCGGAGCCCCAGCUCCACACUUGAGAGCCAGGAUAGCGGAAUCAUAGCUACCAUCACCAGCUCUCCUGAGAAUGAGGAUCGCGGUGGUUCCACUCUGGACCUGAGCAAAGAUGGCAGCUGGAGGGGCGCUGGGCGUGGCGGGCACCAAGGCGACUCCUGCCCUCCUGUCGCCAAGGACGACCUGCCAGGACCCAGCGAGGCCCCGCCCAGGUCUGAAAUUACCAUCCUAGAGGCACCCAGAACUCCGCCCACAGCCAAGAGGCCCUUCCCACAGCGCCACACGCACAGCACUUCUUCCCUGGUGAUGCCACGCCCUAACUCUGUGGCAGCCACUAGUUCCACUAAGCUGGAGGAUCUGAGCUCCCUGGAUGAUCAACGGAGUGCUGCUCCCCAGCGAAGCUCCAUCAAACAGUCCUGGAACAGCACAGGGGGAAGGGACGCCAAAGCGCGCUUCGCUCCCUUCAAAUCAGGCGACAUCGUGCUGAAGCCGUUGUUGUUUGAGGUUCCUGCCGACGCCAUGGAUGCACUGUUCCAAGGCCGUGAUUGGCUGUUCCAUCGGCUAGAGGAGGUCCUAAGGGAGAGUGACACCUGCGAGGGCCGUGGGGCCGUUAUCGUGGGCGAUGUGGGCUUCGGCAAGACGGCCGUCGUCUCGCGGCUGGUGGCUCUCAGUUGUCAUGGAGGUCACAUGCAACAGGUCCCCACCCAGAGCCCCUGCACCUCCCCCAAAAGUGGGGAUAGGGGGACAGACGGAGCCUCCAAACAGCCGCCCCAGCCCAGCACCCCCACCACAGACCACCAGCCCAGCACCCCCACCACAGACCCCCAGCCCAGUGAAACAACCUGCCCCGGGACACCAGAGGCACACCGAGACGAUGCUGUCAAACGCCUGGCCAGCAAGGUGGUGUCCUACCACUUCUGCCAGGCUGACAACACCUACACCUGCCUGGUCCCAGAGUUUGUGCACAGUGUCGCCGCCCUGCUGUCCAGAGCGCCACAGCUCAGCGGCUACAGGGAGCUGCUGCUAAAGGAACCUCAUAUACAGAGCAUGCUCAGUCUGCGCUCCUGUGUCCAGGACCCCAUCGCUGCCUUCCGCAGGGGAGUCCUGGAGCCCCUCGUCAACCUGCGGAAGGAAAGGAAGAUCCCGGAAGAAGACUUCAUCCUCCUGGUUGAUGGUCUGAACGAGGCAGAGUUCCACAAGCCGGACUACGGAGACACCGUCGCCUCCUUCAUCACCAAGAUCGUCUCCAAGUUCCCCUCCUGGCUCAAACUGUUGGUCACUGUCAGGACCUGUCUGCUGGAGAUCACCACCCUCCUACCCUUCUCCAGACUCUCACUGGACGACUUCCCAGAGAGCAGCGAGAUCGGCGGGGACCUUAGCGACUACAUCCAACACCGGGUCAUCGUCAGCCCCGAGAUUGCCGCCAACGUCACCACGCCCAACGGCACCGUCCCCGACCCCCUCCUCCUCAGCAAGUUCAACACCCACCUGGCCUCUCGCAGCCAGGGCUCCUUCCUCUACCUAAAACUGACCCUGGACCUGUUCCAGAGGGCCCACCUGGUUCUCAAGGGAGGCAACUACAUGGUAGUGCCCGUCUCUCUGGCUGAGGUGUACCUGCUGCAGUGCCAUGCGGGGUUCGAAGGGGACCAAACCUUCGAGCGGGUGCUGCCCGUACUCAACGUGGUGCUGGCCUCGUUACACCCGCUGACGGACGAGCAGCUGUUCCGGGCGCUGAACGCUGGGGGCGUGAGAGGAGAGAUGUCCUGGGAGGACUUCCAACAACGCCUGGAGACCCUGGCCUGCGUCCUGGUGAGACGCAGGGACGGCACCCGCAUGCUCUUCCAUCCCUCCUUUAGAGAGUGGCUCGUGUGGAGGGCGGACGGAGAGAGCACCCACUUCCUCUGUGACCCCAGGAGUGGCCAUGCUCUGUUGGCCUUCAUGUUCUCCAGACAGGAGAGCAAGCUGAACCGGCAGCAGACCAUGGAGCUGGGACAUCAUAUCCUGAAAGCACACAUCUUCAAGGGUCAGAGUAAGAGGACAGGUGUGUCCUCCAGUGUUCUGCAGGCUCUGUGGGUGAGCUGUAGCACUGACAGCCUCUCUGCCGCCCUGGCCUCCCUCAGGAAUCUCUACACACCCAACGUCAAGGUGAGUCGUCUGCUGAUGCUGGGCGGGGCGAGUGUGAGCGGGCGUUCAGAGGUGCUUGGUCGUUCCCCUGUGCUGGGUGUGCACGCCCACCUGGGUCACCUUGAAAUGGUGUCCCUGCUGCUGGAGCUGGGAGCGCCCGUAGACGGAGCCUCGGACAGCGGCAUGACCCCCCUCUGUCUAGCCGCCGCAGCAGGACACACAGGACUGGCCAGCCUGCUCUGUAAGAAGGGAGCCAAGGUGGGCCAUGUUGAUAAGAGUGGUCAGUGUGCCCUGGUCCAUGCUGGGCUGAGGGGCCACCCAGACAUCAUCCACUACCUGCUGAACCAGGACUGGGGCCCCACAGAGGCCCCGGAGGGCCAACAGCAGCAUGGUGUGAAGAGCAGUGCGAAGGGCCAGGCCUUACAACAGGCCCUGACGGCCGCCUGCAGCAUGGGACACACUCACGUUGCGAAGAGCUUACUGGAGCUGAAAGAGGACGAUUUGGCUGUGCAGAUAGACGCUCCCGACACGCUUUGGGGAGAGACGGCUCUGAGUGCGGCUGCAGGCAGGGGCAGGACAGAGACGUGUGUUUUCCUGCUGGAAAGGGGUGCAGGGGCAGAGCAGCCCAACCGGAGGGGGGUGGUCCCACUCUUCAGCUGCAUCAGACAUGGACACCCCCAGGUGAGAAUCAUUCUGAUUUUCCUGCUUUACAGCACUGAUGGCUGUCCAAUCACUCAUGCUCGCGCUCUCUCUUGCUCUCAAUCUCUCCCCCCCCCCCCCUCUCAGGUAGCAGAGCUGUUUCUGCAGCGCGGUGUGGACAUUAACACCAUCGAUAAGCAGGGCCGCAGUUUGCUGAUGGUGGCAGCCAGCGAGGGCCACCUCAGCACUGCGGACUUCCUGCUGACAAAGGGUGCGUCUUUAGCCUCCGUGGAUAAGGAGGGCCAGACAGCUCUGAGCUGGGCGUGUCUGAAGGGUCAGAAGGGCGUGGUGCAGCACCUGGUGGAGAUGGGGGCAGAGAUAGACCACCCUGACAGGAACGGGCGUACCCCUCUCGACCUGGCAGCUUUCAACGGUGAUGCAGAGAUGGUUCAGUACCUGGUGGAGAAGGGUGCGGUGGUGGAGCAUGUGGACCACAGUGGGGUGAGGCCUCUGGAGAGGGCUGUGGGCUGUAGGAACACUGCUGUAGUGGUGACCCUACUGAAGAAAGGGGCCAAGCUGGGCUACAGAACGUCCCCUUAUGAUCGAUCAGGUCAUGCUACGUGGGCGAUGGCCACAUCGAAACCAGACGUCCUCCUCAUCCUCCUACAGAAACUCAUGGAGGAGGGCAACCUGCUGUAUAAGAAGGGGAGGAUGAAGGAGGCAGCCCAGAGGUAUCAGUACGCCCUAAGGAAGUUCCCCCGAGACGGCUUCGGAGACGACCUGAAGGGCCUGAAGGAGCUCCGUGUCUCCUUGUACCUCAACAUGUCACGCUGCCGCAGGAAAACCAAUGAUUUUGGUAUAGCGGAGGAGUUUGCCACCAAAGCCCUGGAACUGAAACCCAAGUCUUAUGAGGCGUUCUACACCAGAGCACGAGCCAAGAGGAGCAGCAGGCAGUAUGCGGGGGCGCUAGCCGACCUCAGCGAGGCGUCUCGGCUCUGCCCCACCAACCGGGAGAUCCACCGUCUGCUAACGCGUGUGGAGGACGAGUGUCAACAACAACAGCAGCAGCAGCCCCCCAACACACCACAGGGCCAACAAGCAGCACACAGCCAGACUCCCGAUGACCUCACAGAGAGGAGCCAGGACACAGAGAGGAGUGGUGAUAUACAGAGCCAGGAUGAACUAGAUGAUGAUUAUGAAGAGAUAGGGAGAGAGGAAGAGCCCUCACAGAACCCCUAUGGACCCAACAGGCCCAAGAACCCCUAUGGACCCGACAGGGCUCUCCCACCAGUACCAGGCGCAGUGAGCUUAGCUCCCCUGGACCCCAGGCCUGGUUCCCCUCUGAACGGGUCCACACAGACCAACCUGUCUCUGGACAAGCAGGGCCCUGUCCUACAGGGUCCUAGACAGAACCAAAGCAUGAAGACCAAGCAGCAGCAGCACUGUAACUCCCUGCAGGUAGGGGGCAGACCAGGGGGCAGGCCUAUGUCUCUGUGUGGCCCCUCCAGCCCCCUGCCAGGCAGACACAUCUCCACCUCCCUGAGACCCAGCCCUGGCCUGGGCAUCGACAUCAGCCCUCUGCCCUCUUCCACAGACCACCAACCGGGGCUCACCCCUGCCAACCACCACCACUCCUCAUCUGUCCAGCCCUUCCAAGGCCACUCCUCCAGCCUGGCUAGGGGAACAGACAGGCUCUCAGCCCACCACGGCACCACGUUGGAUGGACAGGCUGGGUCCCUCACCCCUGGGUUUGGUAAGGAGGUAAGGAGGGAGGGUUCUGGGGGGUCGGCUGGCCCCGGACUGCGUUCUGGUGGUCAGACGGGCAGUAUGAAGGCCUCCAGCUCUAGCAGUAGCUUAGCCUCCAGCGGGACCCUGUCAGACAGCGGCAGGACCCAGGUGCCUCAGGGACCCGACGUGCCUCGCCCCAAACCAGCUAAACCAGAGCUCAAGCCUCGGCCCUUCAUGGGGGUGAAAGACAAGGCAGUGCGUGUCCAGGGGCAGCCCCCACUUGGACUGGGCUGGCAAGGCCAGCCUCACUCCCAGCCACUCUCCCCUGAAGGUCUAGAGAACCAGAGACACAGCAUGGCCCCUAUGGACAACAUCCAGGGAUUAAACAAUGAGUUCAAGCAGAGGUCCUCUUACGCGGAGCCACUGCAGAGCCAGGCUCCCCUCCAGGUGCUCAACGGGGCCCAGGCUCAGGCCCAACACCUGGCCCAACAGGCUCAGGCCAAGGCCCUGGCCAGGGAGUUUGGAGACAGGUUCUACCACAGGGAGCCAAGACCAGGUCCAGCUGCAGGCCAACAUCACUCCUCCCAGUUCCCAGACGGGAACCACCGGCAGGCAGGGCUCACCAGAGAUAACCCAGCCAUCCUACCCAUCAAACCUAAACGCUCCUUUAUAGAAUCCAACGUCUGAACUGACCAUACAUUCAGUCAAGCACAAACACAGGUGCAGACACCGUAACAACGGUCUCUGUAUUCCAGAGAAACGGUGGCAAGGGAAGGGUUUACAAGUUUCUUUCCUUAAAUCGGACUCUUGUAAAGUGACAGUGUAUGUGAUGCACUGCGUUUAGACUUAAGCAGCAUUUGAGGCUUUUGUGCUUUUUGCGUAAGCAUGCCUAGAGCAACACCAGUAAGCAAACAACACAGUGCACGUAAUCAGACCUGGGAAACACCAUAUAGUACCAGCCCACUAGCUGAACAGUAGCACAGCAUCCUAAUAUGGGCCAUUAUAACAACGUAACUAUGAUGUAGUUUGUAAAGAACAACACUAAAGGGUUUCGGAUGCUAAUGGGAGAGAAGCCAUUCGAGUAAACGAUUGGCACGCAUAUUGAAUCGGGAUGUUUAUACAUUAGAUUUGUAUGUGUUCUAUUUAUAGAUUAUAUAAGUGGUGAUAGCCUUUGUCAGUAUAACGGAGCCCUCAAUGCAGUGUUUCACAAUGCACGGAGGGUUCUUUUCCUUUGUACAUUUUUUAUAAAUACUCAUAUUUAAGUGUACAUAUAAUCCUACGGACAUUGUUGUAACUGCUUGUUGUUGCGGUCUAUGUUCAUUUAUUUACUGUGCCGAUGGCUUGGUCAGCUGUAAGAGCAACAUAUUUUAUAUAGUUAUUUUUGCACAGCUAGAGAAAUAAUUGAAAAGUUGAUGGAUUUAUUUAGUUUAUGUGCGCACAACAUUAACCGUUUACAGUAAGGUACAGAAUAGCUUGUAAGGGUAUUAUUGGUGAGAUGAUACAGGUAUUUUACAUGAACAUUGUUGCCAUCUUUGAUUUGUGAGCUAUGCGACACAUGAUACAGACUAUGCUCAAGCACUUCUACCAUAAUCAUGGGGAAAUAAAAUCUCUUUGGAAAACUAAAAUGACAUCUCCCUUCCACUCAUUUCAAACACCCACGUGUAAAAUUGAAUGUGUACCGACAUCUGCUAUCCCUGUUAUAUAACUUCAGCCAUAGAUUGAACACUUCAGUUGUUGACACCAGUAUCCCUUAAAUGCAUUUUCCUCAUUACAGCCUCAUUCUAAAAUGGAUAAGUAUAUAUUUUUUAUCCUCAUCUAUCUACACACAAUAACCAUAAUGACAAAGCAAAAAAAUGUUUUUAGAAAUGUUUGCAAAUGUAUUACCAAUAACAAACUGAAAUACCUUAUUUACAUAAGUAUUCAUAACCUUUGCUAUUAAACUCAAAAUUGAGAUCAGGUGCAUCCUGUUGCCAUUGAUCAUCCUUGAGAUGUUUCUACAACUUGAUUAGAGUCCACCUGUGGUAAACUCAAUUGAUUGGACAUGAUUUGAAAAGGCAAACACCUGUCUAUAUAAGGUCCCACAGUUGACAGGGCAUGUCAGAGCAGAAACCAAGCCAUGAGGUUGAAGGAGGCACAGAUCUAGAGAAGGGUACCAAAACAUUUCUUCGGCAUUGAAGGUCCCCAAGAUCAUGGUGGAAGAAGUUUGGAACCACCAAGACUCUUCCUAGAGCUGACCUCUCAACCAAACUGAGCCAUCGGGGGAGAAGGGCCUUGGUCAGGGAGGUGACCAAGAACCCGAUGGUCACUGAUAGAGCACCAAAGUUCCUCUGUGGAGAUCGGAGAACCUUCCAGAAGGACAACCAUCUCUGCAGCACUCCACCAAUCAGGACGUUAUGGUAGAGUGGCCAGGAAGCCACCCCUCAGUAAAAGUCACAUGACAGCCCAAUU